AUGUCCGGUUACACCAAGUUCAUGAAAGAGUUGGUAACUAAGAAAAGGAUCAUGGAUUUUGAAAUAUUUGAAGUGUGUCACAGCUGUAGUGAUAUCAUGACUAGCAAUGUGGUUAAAAAGAAAAAUGAUCCGGGGGUGUUUACCAUCCCUUGCACUAUUGGUAUAUUUCAAUUUUCCAAAGCAUUAUGUGAUUUGGGGGCUAGUAUUAACUUGAUGCCAUAUGCCAUUUACAAACAGCUUGGAUUGGGUGUAACUAAGGAGAAAACAAUGCCGCUCCUUAUGGCUGAUCGUUUUAUCAAACAUCCCAUUUGCAUAGUCUACUACAUUUUGGUGAAAGUGGAUAGAUUCAAAUUUCUAGCUAACUUUGUCAUUUUGGAUUGCAAAAUUGAUACUGAAUUGCCUAUUAUUUUGGGUAGGCCAUUUUUGGCAACCGGAAGAGCUCUGGUGGAUGUUAAAAGUGAUAUGGUGGAGGACUCAAUGGAGGUAUUCAUGGACGAUUUUUUAGUCGUUGGUGAUUCGUUUGAAACAUAUCUUGAACAUCUUGGGAAGAUAUUUGUUGACCAAGAAAGAUGCAAAGCCAAGAUUGAUUCGGUGGAUUUGUUGUUGCUAGAAUUUGAUUUCAAAGUGAAGGAUCAGAAGGGAAGUGAAAAUGAAGUGGCAGAUCAUCUAUCUCGGUUAGAAACCAACUUGGUUGAUUGCAAUGAGAGGGACAUUAUGGAGGAAUUUCCUGACGAAAUAGUGAUGAGGGUGACCACGGGAUACUCACCUUGGUAUGCUGACUUCGCCAACUAUGUAGUGUGUGGAAUAAUACCCGAGGGCCUAAACUUCUACCAACAAAAGAGAUUCUUGUUCGAUAGGCAAACACAAAGUCGCAACACCCUACAUCCACAAACAAGAGGCCAAGUUGAGGUUUCAAAUCGAGAGAUCAAGGGCAUUCUUGCAAAAAUAGUGAAUGCAAAUCGAAUGAAUUGGUCUCGGAAGAUUGGUGAUGCUCUUUGGGCGUAUCGCACCGCUUUCAAAACACCAAUUGGCAUGUCACCAUAUUAG